AUGGCAUGGCUCAAUGUCUUCCUCUUCUACCCCGUACCCGUUUGCCUGCUUCUGUGCGCACUCAUCGCCUUGGCUUCCUUCUAUUUGCCAAGCAGGAGGGCGGCUUUGGGGUUGCCACCAGGACCCACGCCUCUUCCCAUCAUCGGCAACCUGCAUUUGCUGGAUUUCAAAAGGCAAGACAAAACCAUCCUGAAGCUUGCCAAGAAGUACGGGCCAGUGUUCACCCUCCAUUUCGGAUUCCAGAAAGUGGUGGUCCUGACCGGCUAUGAAGCGGUGAAGGAUGCUCUUGUCAACUUCGCGGAGGAGUUCGUAGACAGGCCGGUGAUACCGAUAUUUCAACAGAUCCAGGGCGGAAAGGGGAUCUUCUUCUCAACCGGAGAGCUAUGGAGGGCAACCCGGAGGUUCAGUGCCUCCAGCAUGCGCAACCUUGGAAUGGGGAAGACGCGCAUGGAGGAGCACAUUCGGGAGGAACUCAACUUUCUUGUGGAGGACAUCAAGUCAUUCAAUGGUGAACCUUUCAGUCUCAGACACUUUAACCUCGCGCCGACCAACAUCACGUUUGUUCUUCUCUUUGGGGAGAGGUUCGACUACAAAGACCCAAUGUUCCUCACUCUACUACAACUCAUCGACGAUGUGAUGUGUCUCCUGGGAUCUCCAUUCUUGCAUCUGUUUAACUUCUACCCAUUCCUUGGGAUUUUUCUCAAGACGCACAAAAAGUUGCUCAAAAAAGUGGAAGACAUCCGCGUCAUCAUACGGGAUUACAUUAAGAAAAGCAGGGAAGAAGAAGAAGACAAUGGCAAGAGCCUCAGGAGCUACACCGAUGCCUUGGUCUCCAAGCAGAAAGAGGAAAUGGGCAAGAAGGACAACCUCUUUCAUGAGGACAACGUGGUAGCAUCCAUCCUCGAUCUUGUAAUGGCUGGAACAGAGACGGCGGCAACUACAAUGCAAUGGGUGGUUCUCCUGAUGAUGAAGUACCCAAAGAUUCAAAAGAAGGUUCAAGAGGAGAUCAGGCAAACUGUGAAACCGGGCGGCUGGGUCACAUACGAGGAUCAGAAGCGCCUGCCAUACACCAACGCCGUGAUCCACGAAGUGCAGAGGUUCAUCACUCUCCUGCCUCACAUCCCACGUGCGACGUCAGUCGACACACAUUUCAGGGGCUACUUUCUUCCAAAGGGGACAAUGAUCAUCCCUUCGCUCACUUCGGUGCUCCUUGACAAAAGCCACUGGGAGACGCCAGACAAAUUCAACCCGAACCACUUCCUUGAUGCCGACGGGAAGUUUGUCAAGCGGGACGCCUUUGUCACCUUCUCUUUAGGUCGCCGCAAUUGCAUGGGGGAAAACCUGGCCAAAAUGGAGCUCUUUUUGUUUGUGACCGGCCUGUUGCAGACCUUCACUUUCCGGCCUCCGCCGGGACUGACUGAGAUGGACUUGGACCUCAACGUCCCCGAGACCACCUUCACUCUGAGGCCAAUGCCGCAGAUGACCUGUGCCGUUCCCCAGGACUGAGGAUCGCGCCCCAUGAAGCCAUUUGCAAAAAACACUGGCCUUUUUGGGGAAGCCCUCCUAUAGAGUAGACCUUGGACCAUGCACAUGCCUUUGGGUGUCCCAUUCAGACACACAGUGAGAGAGAGACAUGCACAACCAAACAGGACAAAUGUGCUUCUACUAUGCCUAUUGCAUUCAAUAUCAAUGCUUUUAGGAGUCAAGGUAAAUAAGGGGAUGACCCAGUGGACAUUAUAUGCAUACUUUACUUACUUACUUACUUACUUACUUAGACGAUCCCUUGUUGUCUGAGUAGGAUUGUCUUCCAAGACCAGUGUCCUGGCGGUGGGUCCGUAGGUGA